AGUUGUGUACGUGAUUAAAGUUCGUAACCAGUUCGUUUCUUUACACAAAUUUUAGGUGUAUCAUACUGUGAUAAAAUGUCACGCUUUCAUCUUUACUUAACUGAAGCUCAAGAGAAUGACCUACGCCGAAUCGCUCAAGCUAUUUGUGCUCCUGGUAAAGGAAUUCUAGCAGCUGACGAAAGCACAGCCACGAUGGGUAAAAGGCUUCAACAAAUCGGCGUUGAAAAUAACGAAGAAAAUCGUCGUCUGUACCGCCAGCUACUUUUUAGUGCUGACCACAAACUGGCCGAAAAUAUCUCUGGAGUAAUAUUAUUUGAAGAAACACUUCAUCAAAAGUCGGACGAUGGAAAGACUCUUCCUACUCUACUGGCCGAACGGAACAUCAUACCAGGAAUAAAGGUUGACAAAGGCGUUGUUCCACUUGCAGGCACAGAUAAUGAGACAACAACUCAGGGUCUUGAUGAUCUUGCUUCACGCUGUGCUGAAUAUUAUAAACUUGGAUGCCGCUUUGCUAAGUGGCGUUGCGUUUUGAAGAUCUCUCCACACACACCAUCAUAUCAAGCUAUGCUCGAAAAUGCCAAUGUACUUGCACGUUAUGCUUCCAUCUGUCAGCAGAAUGGUUUGGUACCAAUCGUUGAACCUGAGGUGCUUCCUGAUGGUGAUCAUGAUUUACUAACUGCUCAAAGAGUAACAGAAGAAGUUUUGGCAUUCGUGUACAAGGCUUUAGCCGAUCAUCAUGUUUAUUUGGAAGGAACACUUUUAAAACCCAAUAUGGUCACUGCUGGACAGGCCUGCAAAAAAGCUUACACACCGCAGGAAAAUGCUCUAGCUACUGUGCGAGCCCUUCAGCGCACAGUCCCUCCAGCUGUCCCAGGUAUCACAUUUUUAUCUGGAGGUCAAUCAGAAUUGGACGCUACUAAAAAUCUGAACGAAAUCAACAAGAUUCCGGGACCAAAGCCAUGGGCACUCACUUUUAGUUUUGGUCGUGCUCUACAGGCUUCAGUUUUAGCCACAUGGAAGGGAAAGAAAGAAAAUGUUCAUGCGGCUCAGGAAGAGCUAUUGAAAUUGGCCAAAGUAAAUAUAUGAGCUUACUGUUACAUCUGUUUAUGUUGAUUUUAAUAAAACUGUUUGGUUUCAUUCCACAUUUAAGUUUGUUUACCCUUUUGAAAGGUAGAAGAAACAUUCAAGUCCUAGAACUACCAACACAUAUAAAUGUUGUUGGGAGUUGAUAACAGAUUUCAUCAGUACCUUUUGUACCCCUUUUAAUUCAUCAAUAAGAUGAAUUGCUCAAUGUCAACUGCUAAUGUUUUUGUUGAAGUCGAUAACUCAUUGUGAUCUUUAAAACAAGAUACAGGAACGCAAAUAAUGCAGAUGACUUCUAAGGGCUUUUUAACAUGUUAUUACAAUGUUCAAAUAAUAACAGACGCUUUCGUAUUUUAACUCUUUUAUUUCUGUUAAAAAAUAAUCCAAAUAAACAGGUUUUGUAAAACAUUCUUUACAAGACAUUUCAACUUUGUGUAAGUGUUUUUAACACAUAUUAGUUUGUUAUUAAUGCUCUUAUUGAAUACACGAACUAACUUACAAUUAUUUCAAUCUUCUAGGCAAAUGGUGCUGCUGCAGUUGGCAAAUUUGAAGGAAAUAUGGGAACUGCUUUGGGAGACAAAUCAUUAUUCGUUGCUAAUCAUGCUUAUUAAACCAUUAUAUCAUCCAAAUGUUAUCUAAAUUGAAGCCCCUCAAUAUUUAGCACAACUAGUCGACAUCAUAACUAACUAACAUCUUUCUUAUGAUUUAAGAUUAAACCAACUUUCAGAUCAAUUCUGUCUUAUUCUUAUUUUUGUUCUUAAAUACCGCCAUACGUUACUUUUCUUAAUAAGAACAACAUUUACUGUUGUACUUCAUAGUAUUAGCUGGUUUAUGAAGUCAUACUAACCAAGUAAAUAUACAUUCUCCCCAU